UCAGAUGAAGGCAUUGAAGCAUGCACAAGUUCUCCUGACAAAGUCAAUAUAAAUGACAUCAUCCUGAUUGCUCUCAAUACAGACUUGAGAACAAUUGGCAAGAAAUUCCUCCCCAGUGACAUCAAUGGUGGAAAGGUGGAAAAGCUUGAAGGUCCAUGUGUUUUGCAAAUUCAAAAAAUUCGCAAUGUUGCUGCACCAAAGGAUAAUGAAGAAUCUCAGGCUGCCCCAAGAAUGCUGCGUUUGCAGAUGACUGAUGGUCAUAUAAGUUGUACAGCAGUAGAAUUUAGUUACAUGUCAAAAAUAAGCCUGAACACACCACCUGGAACUAAAGUUAAGCUUUCAGGCGUUGUGGACAUAAAAAAUGGAUUCCUGCUCUUGAAUGAUUCUAACACCACAGUUCUUGGCGGUGAAGUAGAACACCUUAUUGAGAAAUGGGAGUUACAGAGAAGCUUGUCAAAACACAAUAGAAGCAAUAUUGGAACUGAAGGUGGACCACCUCCUUUUGUGCCUUUUGGACAGAAGUGUGUAUCUCAUGUCCAAGUGGAUAGCAGAGAACUUGAUCGAAGAAAGACAUUACAAGUUACAUUGCCUGUCAAACCUCCAAAUGAUAAUGAUGAAUUUGAAAAGCAAAGGACUGCUGCUAUUGCAGAAGUUGCAAAGAGCAAAGAAACCAAGACAUUUGGAGGAGGUGGUGGUGGUGCUAGAAGUAAUCUCAACAUGAGUGCUGCUGGCAACCGAAAUAGGGAGAUUUUACAGAAAGAAAAGUCAAACAAAUCAGAGGGAAAACAUGAAGGUGUCUAUAGAGAACUGGUUGAUGAGAAGGCUCUGAGGCACAUAACAGAAAUGGGCUUUAGUAAAGAAGCAUCAAGGCAAGCUCUCAUGGAUAAUGGCAACAACUUAGAAGCAGCACUGAAUGUACUUCUUAACAGCAAUAAACAGAAACCUGUUACGGGUCCACCUCUGAGAGGUAAAGGAAAAGGCAGGGGGCGAAUAAGAUCUGAAGAUGAAGAGGAACUGGGAAAUGCAAGGCCAUCAGCACCAAGCACAUUAUUUGACUUCUUGGAAUCUAAAAUGGGGACUUUGAGUGUGGAAGAACCUAAAUCACAGCCACAGCAGCUUCAUCAAGGACAACACAGAUUGUCAAAUACUGAGCAAAAUGGAGUAAAAGAUAAUAAUCAACCAAGAUAUCUUCCUCGAAAUGAUACCAGACAGCCAAGAAAUGAAAAACCUCCUCGUUUUCAAAGAGACAUCCAAAAUUCAAAGUCAAUUUUAGAAGGCAGUGGAUUACCUAGAAACAGAGGUUCUGAAAGACCAAGUACUUCUUCAGGAUCUGAAGUGUGGGCUGAAGAGAGAAUCAAGUGUGAUAGACCAUAUUCUAGAUAUGAUAGAACUAAAGAUACUUCAUACCCUUUAAGUUCCCAGCACAAUGAUGCUGCAUUUAAAAAAAGGGAUAACUCUAUGCAAAGCAAAUCAGGAAAAGUUCCAUCCUAUGCAGAGGCAAAAGAAAAUCCACUUCCUCAAGAAUCCAUAGAUUAUAAUAAUCAAAAACGUGGGAAAAGAGAAAGCCAAACAGCAAAUCCUGAUCAUUUUUAUGAUAGGAAACCACGAACAAUAAAUAAUGAAGCUUUUAGUGGUGUAAAAAUUGAAAAAUAUUUUAAUGUAAAUGCUGAUUACCAGAAUCCUGUCCGAACAAAUAGUUUCAUUGGUAUUCCAAAUGGAGAGACAGAAAUGCCACUGAAGGCAAGGCGAGUAGGACCUAUUAAGCCAGCAGGACCCAUCACAGCUACACCCUAUGAUGAUAAGAUAUUUUACAAUAGUGGGCCCAAAAGAAGAUCUGGGCCAAUUAAACCAGAAAAAGUACUAGAAUCAUCUAUUCCUAUGGAGUAUGCAAAACUGUGGAAACCUGGAGAUGAAUGUUUAGCACUUUAUUGGGAAGACAACAAGUUUUACCGAGCAGAAGUUGAAGCUCUUCAUUCUUCAGGUAUGACAGCAGUUGUUAAAUUCAUUGAUUAUGGAAACUAUGAAGAGGUGCUACUAAGCAACAUCAGGCCCAUUCAGACAGAGGCAUGGGAGGAAGAAGCCACCUAUGACCAAACUCUUGAAUUCCGUAGAGGAGGUGAUGGCCAGCCAAGACGAUCCACUCGGCCAACCCAGCAGUUCUACCAACCUCCCCGGGCUCGGACCUAA